AUGGGUUGGUUGUGGUCAGACUCCGCCAAGGGCACCAACAACACCGACAAGACCCUGGCCGGAGCGCCGACGCCAGCGUCGAAACCAGCUGCGCAACCCGAGGCCGGCUACAGCGACCCCGAGAUCGCCAAGUUCAUGUCACAGCUGCAGACCGAAUUCGGGAGCAAGCCCUCAGAGCCAACAGCAGUAGCGCCGCCGCUUUCGACGAAGCCGACGACACAGACCUCCGCCGAGCCGUCGAAACCGUCGUCAUCAUCGUGGGGGUCAUUCUGGGGCGCAUCCGCACAGUCCGCCGAUACUCUCCCCCCAGAGCCUGCCCUCGCGCCGUCUACUAACCCCAGCCAAGAGCCCGCCGCAACGCCGCAGCAUCAGCAGCCGCCGUCGCCGCCCGCCGGGACACCGCAGCGCCUCGACCCGAUCUCUGAGUCGCUCCUGCCGACGACCAUGUCGUGCCGGCAGGCGCUGGACGCGGCCUUCUACUGCCAGUCGCCGGGUGGGCAGUGGAACGCUGUGUACCGCGAGGGCAACGUGCGGUCGUGUUCGUCCCAUUGGGACGACCUAUUCUUCUGCAUGCGGACGCGGACCAUGGGCGGCCCCGUCAAGGAGGAGGCCGUCCGGGACCACUACCGCCAGAAGGAGCUGGCCAAGUACGGGCCUGGGCGCCCGAGCAGCGCCGACGUCUGGGAGCCGCGGCAGGAGAAGGUGCCCGUUGGGAGUGCCUUCCGCGAGAAGUACGAGAAGCCCGAUAUCAGCGAUGAGGAGUGGAGAGUAUUGGAGAUCCAGAGGAGGAAGGCGAUUCAAGAGGCAUUAGCAGCUGAAGAGAAGGGUAGAUGA